AUGCUGACUGGAAAAUUAGCUGUAGUGACUGGUGGCGGGUCAGGAAUCGGUCGUGCCAUAUGUCAGCGACUAUCAAACCAUGGAGCUAAGCUCAUCGUAGCAGACAUGAACAGGAAUGCAGCCAUGGACACGGUGAAGAUGCUGAAAACAGCCAGCGACCAUUCCGCCUUUUCCUGCGAUGUCAGUAAGUCCGACGAUGUCGCAAAACUUUUCGAUUUCACAUUGGAACAGAACAAAUCACCACCGCAUAUUGUGGUGAAUUGUGCUGGAAUCACGAGAGACUCGACCUUGUUGAAAAUGUCCGAGAAAAACUUCGAUGAUGUUGUCAAUGUCAACUUAAAAGGAGUGUACUUGGUGACUCAGGCAUUUGCAAAGUCAGCUGUAUCAAGCAAUGUUCCUCUCUCUGUGGUGAAUGUGUCAUCCAUUGUUGGAAAAGUCGGGAAUUUUGGACAGUGCAAUUAUGCUGCGACAAAAGCUGCCGUUGUAGCUUUUGGAAAAUCUGCUGCUAAAGAAUUAGCUGCAAAAGCUGCGAAAGGUGUUCGAGUGAAUACAGUCAUGCCCGGAUUCAUCCGCACUCCGAUGACGGCUGCUAUGCCAGAGAAAGUUCUAGCCAGCAUUUGUGCUCAGAUACCGAUGGGACGAAUGGGAGAGCCAGACGAUAUUGCCGAUGCAGUUCUGUUUCUCUCGUCGGAUCUGUCAAGCUACAUGACUGGAGCAACGAUCGAGGUCACUGGAGGUCUCCAUAUGUAA